AUGACAGAGGCUGUUGAACCUGCCAUUAUGGAUGACAAAAAUACGGAACACACUGGAAACGGCAACAACGAUGAUCUCGAUGAAUUGCGUACUGUUCGUGGUGAGGGAAGGUAUUUUGGUGUCUUGGAGCAAAUGGGUGAAUUGAUUAAUGACGAGCCAAGAUGUAAUAAUUGUCAAGAGAAAGGUCACUUCAAAAUAAACUGUCCUCAUAAAAUUUGUAAAUUUUGUGGUCAAAUAGACGACCAUGAUUCUCAAAACUGUAAUAAAUCAAUACACUGCACUAUUUGCCAAGGUUAUGGCCAUUACAGAACCCAUUGUCCUCAGAAAUGGAAAAAAAUAGUUUGUCACAUUUGUAAUGCAAAGACUCAUACUGAAGGAGACUGUCCAACUGUGUGGAGGUCAUAUGUACUGAAAUCUUCGAACAACGUUGAGAACGAAUCCAUAUCUAUGGCUUCUGUUUAUUGUUACAAUUGUGGGUUGAACGGACACUUUGGCGAUGAUUGUAAUCAAAUGAGAUCAUCAAGGGUACCCAAUGAUGAUGGUAGUGCAUUUUCAGGUGAUAAUUUAUCGAGGCCUUUGAAAAAAGAGUAUUACAGAACUUUGUCACGAGAAAGAGGCACCACAGGACAUCAUACACAUCAUAGUUACCAUAAUCAAUACGAGCCACCUUCAAGAAUAAACGAUACUUAUACAUCAUAUAACAAUCAACCAUCGCAUUAUAGUGGAUAUAAUAGUUAUAAUUCCGGUUAUCAAGAUCAUAAUUCUGGGUACUACAACAAUUCACAUCAAAAUCAUAGUUAUAACACAACAAUGUAUGAACCACAACAUCAACUU